AUGGCGGGGUGGAGAAAACCUGGGCUGAAGCUUGCCAAAUCUACCAUAACUUUGGAGCUCCCUUCAUCUAAUGGUGAGAAUUCUAACCAAAAUCGUUCUGAACAACCAGUGAGUGAAGAACCAAAUGGAGUUGGGAUUAUGGAAGAACAGGAAAGUGAUGUUCGGUCCGUAGAUGUCAGAGUGAAGAAGGAUCUCGACCUGGAUAAGCAUCGUGGAAAAGUGAACUGUGCUGCAGAAGUCAAAGAGCAAUCCUUUCAGGAAUCAGCUAAGGAAACUUGGGCCAAGUAUCGAGACUCAGUUCCAUCUUAUGGUGGCAUGAUGCUUCAUUACUCAGAACCAUAUCAAAAGGAUGACCAGACUGUUGCAAAAUUGGACUUGGAGGAGAUUGAAGUAGAAGCUUCGUUUUGGAAAUCAGCGAUAAUAUGUGUUGUAAUUGGGGAAAAUCCUCCUCUAGCAGUAUUGGAGACUUUUGUGAAAAGGAUUUGGGGUAACCUUGGCAUUGUGAGUGUGGCCCGAAUGAAUGCUGGGUUUACCAUGGUUAAAUUUAGAGAUGAGGCAACAAGGGACCUGGUGUUAGAAUCAGGGGUUGUGCAUUUUGAUAGGAAACCUGUUGUUCUUCGGCCUUGGACCACUGAUAUAGAAUCUCUGAAAUCCAUCAAACCUGUUCAAAAUCGUUCGAUGAUAAAAUUUGCAAGAUUCUUAGUUGAGAUGGAGAUUACUGAUUCUCUACCGAAAUUCAUUAGCUAUUUUAAUGAGAAAGGGCAAAUAGCAUAUCAGAUUAUUGAGUAUGAAUGGAUGCCAACAAAGUGUUCCAAUUGUAAGAAGUUGGGUCACUCAAUUUCUUCAUGUAAAUUUGUUUUUGAAGCUGUUUGGAGGAAGAAAGAGGGGCUGAAUAAAGUUGGGAUUGGGGCUCUUCUUGAAACUAAAAUCAGGGGAGACAAGCUGAAAGAAGUUAUGUUCACCAUGUUUAAUGGUUGGGAGUUUUACAAUAGUAAGGUUGUGGAAGGUAGAAUCUUGGUGAUUUGGAAUGCUAAAUUGGUGCAGCUAGAAGUGUUACACGAGAGCGAUCAACUUCUUCACUGUCAAGUUAGAUUGUAUAAUCAGAAUUAUUGUUGUAUUACUUUUGUUUAUGGUUCUAAUAGUUUGGAAAUGAGGCACUGCUUAUGGAUGGAUUUGGAGCACUUGUCUUGGCCUAGUAAAUCUUUGAUGGUUCUUGGGGAUUUCAAUGCAAUUUUUAAUCCCAACGAUAGAAUGGGUGGUCGUCCUAUUAUAGUGAAAGAGAUGGAGAAUGCUAGAAAAUGGUUAGAUUUGGGUUUAGUGGAAGAAAUGAAGACCAUGGGUCAAUUCUUCACUUGGUCUAAUAAACAAGAAGGUGAGGCUCGUAUUUUUUCUAAGUUGGAUAAGGUGUUUGUUAAUGAAUCUUGGCUGGAUGUUCAUCCUUUAGCUUCGGCUGGUACUCAGUGGGAAAUUGGCUCUGAUCACUCUAUGAUCUUGAUUAAGCAAUUGCCAGCUAUAAGGGUGGGGGUGAAACCUUUUCAUUUUUAUAAUAUGUGGGUUGGUCAUCCUCAAUUUAGAGAGGUUGUUCUUACUAGCUGGAAUCGGCCUUUGAGGUUUUCUGGCAGGGGAUUAGAUCAAAUUAGUUGGAAGUUAAAUCGUCUUAAGCAUACUCUGAAGAGAUUUAACUGGAAGAUUAUGGGGGACGUUUUGUGUAAUUAUGAGAGAAGCAAGUUUGAGUACCAACAAGCUCAUUCUAAAUGUCUUGCUGAUCCGUCUAAUAGAAUGCUUUCCAUUGAAGACCGGGAGACUUAUCUUGAGUUUAAGAGGCAAGAGAAGGUAUAUGCUAGCUUUAUGUAUCAAAAGAGUAAAAUAGAUUGGUUAAGGUUUGGGGAUUCCAACUCCUCUUUCUUUCAUGCCAGCUUAAAGAAAAGAAAGCUAGCUAAUAGAAUUGUUUCUAAUGAUGGUAAAAUUGUUGAUGAUUAUGAUAAAGUUACAGACCACUUUCUGGUUCCCUUCAAAAACUUUCUGGGUACAGCUAGUAAAGCUUCAGGGGUGAUUGAUGAUCAAGCUAUCUGGUUUGGAGCUGUUUUGAGCAGGGAGGACCAGCUAGGUUUAAUUAAACCUUUUACUGUCAAAGAGGUUAAAAUAGCCAUGUUUAGUAUCAAUUCUCUCAAAAGUCCAGGUCCGGAUGGUACCUUAUUAUCUCUAAUUCCGAAAGUUGAGCAACCAGUUAAUGCUUCUGAGUUUAGGCCUAUUGCUUGUUGCAAUACAUUAUAUAAAUGCAUUUCCAAAAUGUUAUGCAAUAGACUUAAUAAAGUGCUUCCUACUUUGAUAAACCAUAAGCAAGGGGCAUUUAUUAAGAAUCGCCUUCUUGCUCAUAAUGUUCUUAUUCUCCAAGAUUUGCUUAAAGGUUAUAACAGGAGAAAUAUUUCUCCUCGUUGUCUUAUGAAGAUUGAUAUAAGCAAAGCUUAUGACUCAAUUGACUGGAAUUUUUUGGAAAAUCUCCUUAAUGCACUGUGCUUUCCGAAGAGGUUUAUAAGAUGGAUUUUGAUUUGUCUCAGGGGUUCUUCUUAUGCCUUGGUUUUGAAUGGUAGUAUUCAAGGGCGUUUUCAAGGUGCUAGAGGGCUGAAACAAGGAGAUCCUAUUUCGCCCUUACUAUUUGUUAUAGUGAUGGAUUACCUCACUAAAUUGUUGCUCAAAGCUUCAAUGGAUAAAGAAUUCAGGUUUCAUCCCUUAUGUAAGUCUUUAAAGCUAGUUUUGCAAGUGAUGGAUUACCUCUCUUUCGCGGAUGACCUUCUUUUGUUUUGCAAGGCUAAUCAGGGUUCAGUUAGAAUUAUUCAGCAAGUGUUCACUGUGUUUGCUAACUCUUCGGGUCUCACUAUAAGUAAAAACAAAUCAAGAGUUUACAUAGGAGGGCUUGAUGCAGGGGAGAAAGACAGAUUGCUUCAGGAUUUCUGUCUGUUAGAAGAGCAAUUUCCCAUGAGUUAUUUGGGAGUUCCCUUGAGACCGACCAAGUGGAGGGUAAGUGAUUGUGAUAUUCUGAUUGAAAAAAUGAGAGCUAGGCUGAAAGGGUGGUCUAAUCGUCAUUUAUCUUAUGCUGGCCGAGUUCAUUUAAUCAAUUCAGUCUUGUUGGGGAUUCGAUCCUAUUGGAUGAACAUCUUUAUUUUACCUCAAAAAGUUGUAAAGGCUAUUGAUAGGCUGUGUAUAAGGUUCCUUUGGGGUGAGAGGGAGAAUAGAAGUAAAAUGCAUAGGAUAUCCUGGGAGCAUGUCAGUAGGCCUAAAUGCUUUGGAGGGUUGGGGUUCAAGGACAGCUCAUCUUGGAAUAAAGUAGUGAUGGCUAAAUAUUUUUGGGCAAUCUCUUCCAAACAGGACUUGUUAUGGGUUAAAUGGGUUAAUGGAGUUUAUCUAAAGGGUGAGUCAAUAUGGGAGUAUCGUUUAAAGCAAGAUACAAGUUGGUAUUGGAGGAGAAUCAUUAAGUUGAGCCACCUCUGGUCUGGUGCAGUGAUGAAUGCUGCGGUUAGGAAUGGAAAAAUCCAUCUGGGCACCUUGUAUGUGACUGUGUUUCCUGGUGAGCGGGUGCAGUAUGUAAAGGCUAUCUGGUGUAGGCUUUCAUCUCCAAAACACCAGUUUAUUCUCUGGCUUGCAGUAAACCAGAAGUUGAAUACCAGGGACUGGUUGCAGUGCUGCCAUAUCCCUCUCCUAUCAGCUUGCGGUCCAGUUUUUGGUCAAGAGGAAGAGUCUCAUACUCACUUAUUUUUUGAGUGUGUCUUCUCCAGAAAUGUUAUCCUUUCUGUCAAGGGUUGGCUAAGAGGAUUUUCUUGGCCGGUUCAGUUUAGUAAAUGGAUCAAGUGGCUGGCUUUGCCUCGGGAAGGCUGGUUUUCGGUGGUUCUUCAUGCAUCAUGUGCAGCUGCUGUGUAUCACAUAUGGCAUAAUAGGAACCAUUGCUGGCAUGAUAACUUUUGCUUACCAGUGUAUAGGAUUGACCGUAUGAUUAGAUUUUCUAUCAAAGCUAUAAUUUUGAAUUUAGUGGGCAGUAAGUGUUCAUAUCGUGAAAAGCAAAUGCUUAAGUUUGUAUUGAAUCUGUGA